GCUUAAUCCCUGACAACUCAGUCUCCGGUAAUCAAGACACAACUCGCCAUGGUGAAAGGCCGCUUCACCAUCAACCCUUUCAAGGAGUUAGCACUCACUCCCGGCGACGUCAGCAACCUGCACGAAAUUUCCAGCGCGAUCCUCGACUCGAAUUUGUCGCGAUACGAAGAAUUUCUUAACGUCGAUAAGAGUCGCGUUGAUCCCAACCACUGGAAGCUCGUCAAGAGUCGAGACAGCACGAAGGUGUACCAAGAGAAGACGGCAGGCUUCAGUCGCAAUGCUGUACCGCUUCCUCAAUCUUUCGGAUCUUCGUCGGAUUUGCCGUCGCUGCUUUGUGUCGGUGUCUCGGUUGGCGACAUGGAAGACAUGAUGUUCGGUGUAGUGAACCCGACGCUAGAGAUCAUGCGCAUCAAGGCCUCGUACGUGGAAGACAUUAGUGGUGCCGCGGUGAUUGCCAACAUUAUCGAGCCGACACUUGAGAACCCGUUCAACUCGAUGGUCGUCAAGUGGAUGGAGAUGGAUAUUCCUCUUCAGUCUGUCGGUCUCGUGAGGAACCGUGACUAUAUCUACGUCGAAGUGACAGGCUUCGUGCAUCUAGAGAACGGCGAGAAAGUCGGCUAUCACAUUCUCCACUCUGUAAAUUUCCCCGAGACUCAUGAUCUGCCCAAUCGCGUCCGAGCGAAUCUGUCGAUUUGCGGCUUCUUCCGACAAGUUCGACCUAACGCAAGUGAGAUCUUCGUUACCGGGUUGAUGGACCCUGGUGGUGAUAUGAUCCGCAUGUUGGUUGUACCGACGAUGGCCAAUACCUUCCUUUCCACUCUAAAAUAUGCCCAUUGCGGACAGAUGAAGAAGCUGCAGUAUAUGCUCGGGAAACGAUACAACGAAGCCAAGAAACUUGGUACCCCGAAUCGGGAACACGUCUGCGUCACUUGCGGUGUUCAGAUCACGAACCGAAGACUGGGAGACUUCGGAAAGACCGACGCAUCUUGUAAGCUUUGCUUCGGAUUCGUGUGCCACAACUGCAAGAUCCAAAGGAAGCUGAGCUUCGUGACUCCGGAUCUGCUCUUAGCACAACGCAAGGUCACGUUCUGUGCCGUGUGUCUUAACGAAGCGGUUCGUGCUCCUGCUGCGGACGCUGCACGGGCGCAGAUUGUCACGUCUGAUGGUGGACUGAUGAAGAAACACUCGCAUUUCCAUGGCUCCGAGGCAAGCACAAUCUCUGAAUACGCAUCUAGCUGCGGCUAGAUAGACCUACAAGAGGCAGUUUUGUACAUGUUUUGAAAUGAAAAUGUCGAUUGUUAUAUAUU